AUGGCCGCGGCUCCUCACAAGACGAGGAAGCGGGAUCUCAAUUCAGCAUCUGGACAGGGGGGUUUCACUGCACUUCAGGAUACCACGGGGGAAUUGACGGCAUAUGGCGAGCGCCGGGGGACCACGUCGUGGGUAUUUGAGAAAGAUACAUACCUACACCCUAAGGAUCCCUUACCUGAGAGUUUCCACAAUGGCAACGUCGGACGUUUGGGGCGUCGUGGCCUGAAGAUUGAGGCCGUCAUGAUUGGCCUGAUUCUUGCCAGGUCUCCAGCUUCUGCCCAGGUGCUGCCCCGGCUGCCAGGCCCCAGGCCCCAGGCCGGCCACCGACGUAAAGGGAAGGGUGACAUCUUCCCAUUGUCGGGAUCGACUGUCGGCCUCCAAAGAAAGGAAUUCCAUCUUCCCACCCGCCAUUCCUCCCGGAUUCCGCUGUCAACGUCAGCAACGCCCAUCAAACCACCACCGCACACCACACAGCACCAGCUACGAAAGCGAUUCCCGCCGCCGCUCGCCAUCAUGUGGAUUGUCAACUGGUUUAUGGACGUCCUGUCCUCCCUCGGCCUGCUCAACAAGCACGCCAAGCUGCUCUUCCUCGGUCUCGAUAACGCCGGAAAGACGACUCUCCUGCACAUGCUCAAGAACGACCGCGUUGCCAUUCUCCAGCCUACCCUCCACCCUACCUCCGAGGAGCUAGCCAUCGGCAACGUGCGAUUCACAACCUUCGACCUCGGUGGUCACCAGCAGGCACGUCGUCUCUGGAAGGACUACUUCCCCGAGGUCAACGGCAUCGUCUUCCUCGUCGAUGCCAAGGACCACGAGCGCUUCCCCGAGGCCAAGGCCGAGCUCGACGCUCUCCUGUCCAUGGAGGAGCUCGGCAAGGUGCCGUUCGUCGUCCUGGGAAACAAGAUCGACCACCCCGACGCCAUCUCAGAGGAGCAGCUGCGCCACGAGCUCGGCCUAUACCAGACGACGGGCAAGGGCAAGGUGCCCUUGGAGGGAAUCCGGCCCAUUGAGGUCUUCAUGUGCUCGGUCGUCAUGCGACAAGGCUACGGCGAGGGUAUCCGAUGGCUCUCCCAGUACGUCUAA